CCCCGCCCUCUUCCCAUCCUGCUCCCAAACUGGGAGCUUAAGGGUUAACUCUAGGAAGCCCCUCAUCACCUGGAUGGGAUGGGACUGGGGCAAGGAACUUCCUGUUCCAUUUUCCCAGAGCCCUUCCCCAGGCUGGCGGAGGCUGGCUUUGGCCCUGGAGUCCUCAGAAAACCCCCCAGCAUCUCUGCCUGUGUAGUGGGGACUCCGAGUGGUGUGGGAAGAGAGGAGAGAGACCCAAGAGCGCGGCCAGCGGUAGGGAGGCAUCCCCGCAGUGAAGGAUGCUUGAAGAAUCAGUCCCAGCUGCCCUGGAGCAGGAGCAGCUGGGGGAAGUCAAGCUGGAGGAGGAGGAGGCUGUCAGCCCAGAGGACCCCAGGCGGCCAGAGUCCAGGCUGAGGCCCGAGGUGGCUCACCAGCUGUUCAGAUGCUUCCAGUAUCAGGAGGACAUGGGGCCACGGGCGUCCCUGAGCCGGCUCCGGGAGCUCUGCGGCCACUGGCUGCGGCCAGCUCUGCACACCAAGAAACAGAUCCUGGAGCUGCUGGUGCUGGAGCAGUUCCUGAGUGUGCUGCCUCCGCACCUCCUGGGCCGCCUGCAGGGGCAGCCGCUCAGGGACGGGGAGGAGGUGGUGCUGCUGCUUGAGGGCAUCCACCGGGAGCCCAGCCACGCGGGGCCGCUGGAUUUUAGUUGUAAUGCUGGCAAGAGUUGUCCCCGUGCAGACGUCACCUUGCAGGAAAAGGGGUGUGCUUCCCAGGUCCCCAGCCACAGCCCCAAGAAGGAAUUGCCUGCAGAAGAACCUUCAGUGCUGGGCCCAUCGGAUGAGCCUCCCCGACCCCAGCCAAGGCCUGCCAAGCCUGCUGAGCUGGGACAGUGGAGACUUCCCCCAAGUUCAAAGCAGCCACUGAGCCCGGGACCCCAGAAGACAUUCCAGGCCCUGCAAGAAAGCAGUCCCCAGGGCCCCUCACCAUGGCCAGAGGAGAGUUCCCGAGAUCAGGAGCUGGCGGCUGUGCUGGAGUGCCUGACGUUUGAGGAUGUGCCAGAGAAUAAGGCGUGGCCUGCACACCCCCUGGGAUUCGGAAGCAGAACCCCAGACAAGGAGGAAUUUAAACAGGAAGAGCCCAAAGGGGCUGCCUGGCCCACUCCCAUCUUAGCAGAGUCCCAGGCAGAUAGUCCUGGGGUGCCGGGAGAGCCUUGCGCCCAGUCGCUCGGACGGGGCGCUGCGGCUGGCGGCCCUGGUGAAGAUGGGUCCCUUCUUGGCGGCAGUGAAAUUUUGGAGGUCAAAGUGGCUGAGGGCGUCCCCGAGCCCAAUCCGGAGUUGCAGUUCAUCUGCGCGGACUGCGGGGUGAGCUUCCCGCAGCUGUCUCGCCUGAAGGCGCACCAGCUGCGCUCGCACCCGGCUGGGCGCUCCUUCCUGUGCCUUUGCUGCGGGAAGAGCUUCGGCCGCAGCUCCAUUCUCAAGCUGCACAUGCGCACUCACACGGACGAGCGGCCGCACGCCUGCCACCUGUGCGGCCACCGCUUCCGCCAGAGCUCGCACCUGAGCAAGCACCUGCUGACCCACUCCUCCGAACCCGCCUUCCUGUGCGCAGAGUGCGGCCGCGGCUUCCAGCGCCGCGCCAGCCUUGUGCAGCACCUGCUGGCGCAUGCCCAGGACCAGAAGCCGCCCUGCGCUCCUGAGAGUAAGGCCGAAGCGCCGCCACUGACCGAUGUCCUGUGCUCCCACUGCGGCCAGAGCUUCCAGCGCCGCUCCAGCCUCAAGCGCCACCUGCGGAUCCACGCCAGGGACAAGGACCGCCGGUCCUCCGAAGGCUCCGGCAGCCGCCGCCGGGACUCGGACCGGAGGCCCUUCGUGUGCAGCGACUGCGGCAAGGCCUUCCGGCGCAGCGAGCACCUGGUGGCCCACCGGAGGGUGCACACGGGCGAGCGGCCCUUCUCCUGCCAGGCUUGCGGCCGCAGCUUCACGCAGAGCUCGCAGCUGGUCAGCCACCAACGGGUGCACACGGGCGAGAAGCCCUACGCCUGUCCGCAGUGCGGGAAGCGCUUUGUGCGCCGGGCCAGCCUUGCCCGCCACCUGCUGACCCACGGUGGCCCUCGGCCCCACCACUGCACCCAGUGCGGGAAGAGUUUCGGCCAGACCCAGGAUCUGGCCCGCCACCAGCGCAGCCACACGGGCGAGAAGCCCUGCCGCUGCAGCGAGUGCGGUGAGGGCUUCAGCCAGAGCGCCCACCUGGCGCGCCACCAGCGCAUCCACACAGGGGAGAAGCCCCACGCCUGCGACACCUGCGGCCACCGUUUCCGCAAUAGCUCCAACCUGGCCCGCCAUCGCCGCAGCCACACGGGCGAGCGGCCCUACAGCUGUCAGACGUGCGGUCGCAGCUUCCGGCGCAACGCGCAUCUGCGGCGGCACCUGGCUACCCAUGCGGAGCCCGGGCAGGAGCAGGCCGAGCCCCCGCAGGAGUGCGUGGAGUGCGGGAAGAGCUUCAGCCGCAGCUGCAAUCUGCUGCGACACCUGCUGGUGCACACGGGCGCCAGGCCCUACUCCUGCACGCAAUGUGGCCGCAGCUUCAGCCGCAACUCCCACCUGCUGCGCCACCUGCGCACCCACGCCCGCGAGACGCUGUACUAGCUAGGCCCGCCUUCCGCCAGCCGCGCCCUGCGCCACCUACCCGGGGUCCUCCACAGCGGAGGCCUGCAGGAAUGUCCCUUCCCACCACACCCCACUUCCCUCUCCUUGCACUUUCACGGCUGUCCUUCCCUGGCCGAGGCAUUGCUUUCUGGCCUCAGCUAUGUAAUUAAAACGCCCGAAGUAAAAUGGCCUUCUCCAAAAUGGCCCCUCUUUA